AUGGCAGCUCAGCAAAUGAAGAGAGAGGUUCACAUUGUGAAAGAAGAGGAGGCUGGGAGAGGAAAGGAGACCCUUGAAUUGAAAACUCAUUUACAGUCUCAUGCUGGAGGUAAGGUGAAGGGUGAAGGAGCCAAAAGAGAAAGUGGUGGCGGUGGUGUUCAUUCUGUUGGAAAGUUUGAAAUGAAAGGUGGAGAGAAGGGUUCUGCAGGGGAAAAUAGAAGAGUGUCUCAAGAAGCAAAAGAAAGAGCUGAAAGAGCAAGAGAAGAGGAGGAACGCUCAAGGUUGGAGGAGAUAUCCAAGUAUAGAGCUCAGCAGAACUCCAGGGAUGCUAUUGCAGGUGCUCAAGUGAGAGCAAAACAAGAAGCAAGGUUGAAAGAGGAGGAGAAAAGGGAAUUUGAGGCCAAAAGAGCAGCUCAAAAUCAGGAAUCUAUGGCGAGGCCAACAGCAAAAACCACCACUGAAGAAGCAAAAGUAAAAGCAAGAGAAGAAGAAGAAAGAAUAAGGUUGGAAGAGGCUUCCAAGAUCAGAGCUCAAGCUCAACGGAGCGCAAUGGAUGCAGCUGCAAAAUACACAGCAAGAGAAGCAGAAGAAAGGUCAAGGUUGGAAGAGGUUUCCAAGCACAGAGCUCAAGCUCAACAGAAGAACGCAAUUGCAAAAGAAAAAGCAAGAGAAGCAGAAGAAAGAUCAAGGUUGGAAGAGGAAAGAGAGGAAAAAGAAAGGUCAAGGUUGGAAGAGGCUUCCAAGAUCAGAGGUCAAGCUCAACGGAAUGCAAUGGAUGCAGCUGCAAAAGACAAAGCAAGAGAAGCUGAAGAAAGGUCAAGCUUGGAAGAGGUUUCCAAGCACAGAGCUCAAGCUCAACAGAAGAACACAAUUGCAAAAGAAAAAGCAAGAGAAGCAGAAGAAAGAUCAAGGUUGGAAGAGGAAAGAGAAGUACAAGAAAGGUCAAGGUUGGAAGAGGUUUCAAAGCACAGAGCUCAAGCUCAACACAAGAAUGCAAUUGCCAAAGAAAAAGCAAGAGAAGCAGAAGAAAGAUCAAGGUUGGAAGAGGAAAGAGAAGCAGAAGAAAGAUCAAGGUUGGAGGAGGUUUCCAAGAUCAGAGCUCAAGCUCAACAGAAGAAAGCACUUGCAAAACAAAAAGCAAGAGAAGCAGAAGAAAGAUCAAGGUUGGAAGAGGAAAAAGAAGCAGAAGAAAGGUCAAGGUUGGAAGAGGUUUCCAAGAUCAGAGCUCAAGCUCAACAGAAGAACACAAUUGCAAAACAGAAAGCAAGAGAAGCAGAAGAAAGGUCAAGCUUGGAAGAGGAAAGAGAAGAAGAAGAAAGAACAAGGUUGGAGGAGGUUUCAAAGCACAGAGCUCAAGCUCAACGGAACGCAAUGGAUGCAGCUGCAAAACAUAUAGCAAGAGAAGCAGAAGAAAGGUCAAGGUUGGAAGAGGUUUCCAAGCACAGAGCUCAAGCUCAACAGAAGAAUGCAAUUGCAAAAGAAAAAGCAAGAGAAGCAGAAGAAAGAUCAAGGUUGGAAGAGGAAAGAGAAGAAGAAGAAAGAACAAGGUUGGAAGAGAUUUCAAAGCACAGAGCUCAAGCUCAACUCAACGCAAUUGCAAUUGCAAAAGAAAAAGCAAGAGAAGAAGAAGAAAGAUCAAGAUUGGAAGAGGUUUCAAAGUACAGAGCUCAAGCUCAACAGAAAGCAAGGAAUGCAAUUGCAAAAGCUCAAGACAGACACAAGAUAGAAAAACAAGUAGCAACUGAAGGACUAAGCGGUGCAACUCAAACUACUCAGGAGAUAAACAUGCGGGCUCAAGCUAAAGAUUUCAUAGUUGAGAACAAGGGGCAGCCAGGCUAUGUUGCAACUGUAACUGCACCAGAGAAAAACAUGCAGGCACAAGCUAAAGAUGUCAUAGUUGAGAACAAGGGGCAGCCAGGCUAUGUUGCAACUGAAACUGCACCCGAGAAAAACAUGCGGGCACAAGCUAAAGAUGUCCUAGUUGAGAACAAAGGGCAGCAAGGCUAUGUUGCAACUGAAACUGCACCUGAGAAAAACAUGCGGGCCCAAGCUAAAGAUGUCCUAGUUGAGAACAAAGGGCAGCAAGGCUAUGUUGCAACUGAAACUGCACCUGAGAAAAACAUGCAGGUAAAGGAGAAGGCAACACAGGCUAAAGACAUCAUAGUGGAGAAAGGGCAACAAGGUUAUGUUGUAGCAAAGGAUAUAGCGGCAGAUUUGAAGGACAAGGCUACUGUGGCAGGGUGGACUGCUGCAAAUUACUCUGCUGAUAUGACUGUGGAAGGAACCAAGGCUGCUACUAAUGUUCUUUUGGGAACUGCAGAGUAUGUAGGACAGAAGGGUUCUGAGCUCGCCGCCAAGUCCGUGGAUGUUGCUAAGAAUUUAGCUUCUUCAGCUGGGGAAACUGCCAAGGAAUACACAGCAAGGAAGAAAGAGGAGGCACAAAGGGAAUUACAGGCCAAGGAGGCACAGAGGGAAUUGGAGGCUGAAAGUGCUGCAGCAGUUCAUAACCUGGAACAAAGAGAAUUGGAGGCCAAAAGUGCAGCAGCAGCUCAAAACCUGGAACAAAGGGAAUUGGAGGCCAGAAGUGCUGCAGCAGCUCAAAAUCAGCAAUUUCAGGGAAUGCCCUCAGCAAAAGCCACCACUGAAAGCUAUCCAGGGGGGGAAAGACAAGGGCUACAAGGUACUGUUAUGAGUCCAAUUUGGGAAAGCCUACAAGGACAAAAGGGUAGAGGAAGCAAUGUGUUCAUUACAACCAAUGACAACAGUGUGAACAAUGCUGCUAGCAGGGUGCAUAUGCAGAAGCCGUAUGACAACAUAACUGCUGGGGAAGGCUUUCGGGGAGAACAUGAACAAACUCAAGGGAUGAUGAAGCAAGCAACUGAAGGAGGAGGAGGAAGCGAGGUGUUGGGAGCAGUAGGUGAAACCGUGGCUGAGAUUGGAGGAACCAUUAUGAAACCUGCAGAGAAAGUGCAACAGGGAAAAGGGGGUGGUGGAGUGUUCGGUGCCAUAGGUGAAACCGUUGCAGAAAUUGCUGAGACAACUAAGGUGAUGGUUGUUGGAGAUGGUGAAAUAGAGCCAAGGCAGGGAACUGGGUCACAAUAUAAACAUGAGUAGUAUGUGGUUGUUGGAGAUGGUGAAACAGAGUCAAAGCAGGGUAUUGGGAUAGAAUGUAAGCAUAAGUAGUGAGGUGUGUUUUGUAGCUGGUUAUACAUAAGCUGUUUUGUGGAAUCCUGUGAUCCAAUAAAUAGCUGAAAGUCCCAUGUUUUUUUGGGGUUGUAGAUAAAUAAGAGUAAGCUGAAAGUUCCACGUUUUUUUGGGGUUGUAGUAAAUGGGUGAGUAGCUGAAAGUUCCAUGUUCAUGCUUGUAAAUAAAUAAGAACAUGUUUGUGGUUGUGAUUCUAUGGAAGAAUAUAAAUACAGAAGUUUUGUAGUC